AUGGCAUCAAAAGCGGCAACAACGGCUACGACUAUUGUGUCGUCUCCGUCUAUAGCGCCAUUAAAAUACUCGAAAGAUCGUAAAGUUGGUGAAGGUACAUAUGCGGUUGUUUAUUUAGGAAAUCAAAUAUCAACUAAACGUAAGAUCGCCAUAAAAGAAAUAAAGACAGGGCUUUUUAAGGAUGGUCUUGAUAUGUCUGCUAUUAGAGAAGUCAAGUAUUUACAAGAAUUAAGACACCCUAAUGUAAUAGAGUUGGUAGAUGUGUUUCUGACAACGAAUAAUCUCAACUUGGUAUUAGAAUUUUUGCCUUGUGAUUUAGAAGUAUUAAUAAAGGAUACCUCCAUAGUAUUCAAACCAUCCGAUAUAAAGUCAUGGUUAUUAAUGACCUUAAGAGGUAUACAUCAUUGUCAUAGGAACUUUAUAUUACAUCGAGACUUGAAACCUAACAAUUUAUUACUAGCACCAGAUGGAGAAUUAAAGAUAGCGGAUUUUGGGUUGGCAAGAUCGUUGGGGAAUGCAGACGAAUUAUUAACUUCGAAUGUUGUUACAAGAUGGUAUCGAGCACCAGAGUUAUUAUUUGGUGCCAGGCAUUAUACAGUUGCCGUUGAUAUUUGGUCGAUAGGAAUAAUAUUUGCAGAACUAAUGUUGCGUACACCAUAUUUACCAGGGAAAGACGAUACGGAUCAAAUAGAUGUAACUUUCAGGGCUUUGGGGACACCAACAGAACAGAUAUGGCCAAAUGUUUCUAAUUUACCAUUAUAUAAUGCUUUGCGAGUCUACCCACCCCCUUCAAGGCAAGAAUUAAGAAAUAGAUUUAGUGCUGCUACAGAAAAAGCAUUGGAUUUGUUAAUUCUUAUGACGCAAUUGGAUCCGAACAGAAGAUGUGACCUGACGCAAGCGUUGUUACACGAAUAUUUUCUUGAAUUCCCAAGAGCUACGGAGCCUCUGCAAUUACCCAAGAAAAGUAAUGGUAAAGAAGAGGAUUCUGAGCCUGAGAAUAAAAAAAGGAAGUUGUAA